AUGGAGACUAUAAACUCAAUGGCAAGCACAGCGGCCAAGGCCAUCUGGGGUGAGAACAAUACCAACACUUCUGCCAACGACGAGAACGUCAAGCCGGGCACAGAAACCAUGAGCAACGAAACAAAGGGAACAGAGCCCGUCUCAGGCAAGCUGGGAGACACAUCCGCCGGAGAGCCUUACGACGCAGGCAACCUGGAAUCUGGAGCAACCAAGACCGACACCUCCACCAGCACUAGCACCAAGCAAACCGGAAGCGAGAGUGCGUCAACCGGACUGCCUACUACCUCUUCCACCACGGACACCACCCAAACUGGUAGUAAGGACACCACGGAGACUGGGACCAAGGGCCCAACAACAGAACACCCCUCCACCACCGGCGACACUGGUUUCAAGGCUCCCCAGGCCGAUAUUAGAGACCCGGACUCGGCUACCGCAGAUCCCAAGACGGAGGCUGAGCGCAAGAAUGUCGAUGACAGCGCCGGCGUAGACAAGUCCGAGAACCCUACCAAGGUUGAGGGGGCCGGGCCCAAGCCCAUUGAAGAGGUAGCAAGGGAGCACGGCGGAGAUGCCGGGUCCGCGUCGAAGAAGUCUUCAGGGCAAGGCGGCGCCGAGGACGAGGACGGCCCGGGGGCCGAGAGCAAGGGUGAGGGCACUGGAGAGCAAUACGUGAAGAGCUCCGGGUUGGCUGCCGACGGUGGUGACUUCGACGCGACAAAGCCGGGUGCUGGUCGCGAGGCUGACCGUCUCCUUGAGGAGAAGGGUAUGACAACCCAGACCGCCGCGGCUGCUGCCUCUGGCAAGAAGACCGAGGACGACAAGUCGGAGAAGUCGGCCACGGACUCUCCGGACUCCAAGAAGGAGAAGGCAAGCCUGAAAGAUAAGAUCAAGGCCAAGCUCCACAAGAACUAG